CAAGAUACAAAAAAAGCCAUUCAAGAAGUUGAAGCUUUUUAUCAAGAAAAAUUAAAACAGCUUGAAGCCAAGAAUGCCCAGCUACAGAAAAUAACAACAGAGCAGUUUGCCAAGGCUGUUCAAGAAGUAGAACAGAAAUUCUUAAAGCAAACGGGAAGCCCAGUAUGUGAUGAUAUCCAGGGGAAAGUUUAUAAUUGUUAUUCUUCCAAACCUCAACAAACUUUAAACUGUUGGAAAGAAGUGGGGGCCUUUACAUCUUGUGUUGAGAGAGCUAGA